AUGGAUGACAUCCCAAGUCAUUAUGGAAAAUACUACGUUUCCUAUAAAAAAAUAAAAAGGAAAAUAUUAAAGAUGGGAAAGAAGUAUAAAAAGAAGCUCGAAAAAGACCUAGUACAAAAUACGGUCAAAAUGGUUGAUAAGCAAGGUAUGAAGAUGCUACCCCCCUUUUUGUACAACGAUAUUAUAAGUAAAGAGAUUGUAAAGAUAAAUAAGUUUGCUGAGUAUAAAUACAAAGAAGUUAUUUACAAUUUAAAGAACAUAUAUUAUACUUUAAAACAGAUCGAGCGUGAUAAAAAAAAAGAAAUAAAUAAUAAUAAUAAUAAUAAUAAUAUUUGUACCGAGAAAGAUUAUAUAAAUAUGGAAUGUAUUGAAAAAAAGCUAGAUAUUAUAGGAAAUGACAUUAUUCAUAUCGAUUUCUAUAUACAUAAAAAUUGUAAAAUUAUAAUGAAGUUGGGUUUUUUCUUUGACAAGGUUAUGAAUAUAUCAAUAAAUCAGUGGUUACGUUUAGGUUUAAUAAGAGAGAAAUUUUGUAAUAUUAAUAUAGAUAAUUUGAUAGUAUAUUUAUCUUUUUUAUAUUCAUUAUUAAAAGAUAAUAUAAAUGUUCAGGAUGAUAAAAACAAAAUAUGGGUACCUCCUGAUACCUUCGAAAGAACAUCGUCUAAAUUUUUGAUAAGAUAUAAAGAUAUUGUCUAUACUAAAGUAAAGAUUGUUAAACACUUGCCUUAUUUAAUCUUUGGAUUAACAAAUGAUGAUAUUGAAAAUAAUUUUAAGGAAUUAAUUGAACAGGAAACGUUUGCAGGUUUACAUAUGGAAAAUCCAUCUGUUGAAAAAAAAAUAAAUGAAGUGUGUGAAAAAAUAAAUAAAAAGGUAUCUAUUCAAAAUAUUGAUGAUAAGAUGAAUGAUAUAUCAUAUUAUAUACCUUAUAAUAUUUCUUCUGAUAUGCCUCCAAAAAAAAAAGAAAAAAAUAUAGUGAAACCUUUAAAAGAGUCUCAACAAAUAACUUCCAUAUAUUUUGAUAAUAAAGAUGCGACAUGUUAUUCUAAAAGAAUAUUGAGAUAUGAAAAUGCUCAACUUAUACGAUUUAGAUGGUAUAAUGAAAAUGAAGGAGAUAAAAAUAAAGAUAUAUUUAUUGAAAGGAAAACGCAUCAUGAAGAAUGGACAGGAGAAGUUUCAACGAAGGAAAGAUUUGUGCUUGAACAAAAAUAUGUUUUAAAAUUUAUGAAAGGAGAUUUAAAUAUAUCUGAUUUUUUUUUAAAAAAAUUAAAAAAAAAUAAUAAUAAAGAUUAUGAGAAAAAAGAAUUAUCAAAAGAUUAUAAUUAUAAGAAAGAAGAAAUCAAUAAAAUAUUACAACAUGGAUGUGAUUAUAAUAAGAGCAGCCAAAACAACAACAAUAUUAAAAAUAUAAAUCAUAAUAAUAAUAAUAAUAAUAAUAAUAUUAUUGGUGAAAAAAAUACUUCUGAAUAUAGAAAAAAAAUAAAAAAAAAUAUUAAAUUAGCAAAGGAUAUACAAAUGAUGAUUAUAAAAAAUAAACUGGAACCUAUAAUAAGAACAUCAUAUUUACGCUCAGCAUUUCAAUUACAAAAUAAUAAUUCUGUCCGGAUAUCUAUAGAUACAAAUGUGUCAAUGUUAAAUGAAUAUGUUCGUAAAAGAAAAAACUGGUGUAGGUUAUCUGAAGAAGCUUUAAGGAAAAAUGAAAUUAUAAGAUUAAAUUAUGGUAUAAUCGAAAUCAAAUUAAAAACAGAUAAUAUGCCUACAUGGAUUACUAACAUAUUAAACAAUAAUGAAUCUAUUAAUGCUUAUAAAUAUUCUAAAUAUCAAACAGCUAUGGCAUUAUUACAUGCUGAAAAAAUUAAAUAUAUACCUAUAUGGAUUCAUCAAAAUAUUCAAUCCAUUUUUCAUUCAUCAAAUAAUAAUAUAGAUAAUAAUUCUAUACAAAAAUUAUCUGAUAAAUAUAUUACAAAUAAUAGUAAUCAUGUUCUUUCAUUAAAUAAUAAUAUUUUGAACAUGUCAAAUCCAUCCAGUUAUAAAAUAAAUAUUUUCUCAAAUCAAUUUAAUAUCUCACAAUAUAAUACUUUACAAAAAUAUAAUCUCCUUCAACAAACAUCAUUAUGGUUACAUAAUAAAUAUAAUAAACCUAACAAAAAAUAUAAAACAAUUAAUCUAAUUAAAAUAGAUCCAAAAAUUAAUUUUGCAGCAGAAAGAACCUUCCUUCAUUAUAUGUUAGUCUCUCUAUAUAUUAAUAUCUUAACUCUAUUCUUGGAAAAAUAUAAAAAUAAAAGAGGAAAUUUAAAUCUCCUUAUCCUUCUACUACUAUUUACAUCCUUUACAUCUUUAAUAUCAACGUACUUUUUCUUUUUGAAAAGGGUUGCUAUCAUUCAAAGAAGGAAAACAAGGGAACCAAUCAUGGGACGCCUACGAUUCGAUAGUUUUUUUAGUCCUUUAAUUUUUUUAUUACUUCUUUUUUUUUCUAUAAUUUUAUCAAUAUAUUACAAUUUUAAUAUAUAA